AUGAACGUCUUGAUUGUCUUAGCAGCUAUUGCUGCGUUAGCUGUUGGUGAUGUAAUCAGGGAUAUCCCUGAGUGGAGCACAUCAUGGAACUACAUGGAGAGGAUCGGUAUCCCCGAAGCUGAGAGAAUCAAGAGAGCAGAGGAGAAGUAUCUGUCGUCGAGGAUCGCCGGCGGAUCUCCCGCUAAAAUAGGCGAAUUCCCAUACCAGGCUGGUUUGAUUGGGGACAUUAGAAAUAUUAACGGACAAGGUGUGUGCGGUGGAUCCCUGAUUUCAGCCAAUCGCGUGCUAACUGCUGCUCACUGCUGGUUCGACGGAUCCAACCAGGUUUGGAGAUUUGAGGUAGUCCUCGGUUCUGUGCUGCUCUUCAGCGGCGGUACCAGGAUCUACUCCGAAGACGUCGUUAUGCACGCUAAUUGGCAGCCGUCUCGUAUUCGUAAUGAUAUCGCCAUAAUACGUCUACCUGAAAGCGUCACUUUCUCGGACACCAUUUCACCGAUCGCUCUACCUUCACCCCUGGACAUCCAUGACAACUUUGCUGGAGUGACAGCUGUGGCUUCUGGAUACGGUCUUACUGGGGACAAUACAGGCCUCUCCCGAGACCAAUUCUUGAGCGGAGUCUCAGUGCCAGUGAUCACUAACGAAGUCUGCCGCAACUCCUACCCUCUUAAUGUAGUCGAUUCCAACAUUUGCAUCAGUGGUGCUGGUGGAAAAAGCACAUGCCGUGGUGAUUCUGGUGGUCCUCUCGUUGUCACAAAGAACGACAAAAAGAUCUUGAUCGGUAUUACCUCUUUCGGAUCAAGAUGGGGCUGCACUAUUGGCUUCCCAGCUGCUUUCGUCAGAGUCACAUCUUUCUUGGACUUUAUUAAUAAUAACUUGUAA